GACACCAACCAGUGGACGAUGUUUCCCCACUCGGGUGUACUUUAGAGCCGUUAGGGGUAAGUUUCCUCUCGCUCGGUGGUGGCAGUUUAUAGAAAACAGCCUUCAACGCGUUUCUACCGACAGCCGUCGCCAUGUCCAACAACAAUGCCAACAGCAACUUAAUUGUCGCCCAAAGAACCGUGAAGCAGCUCCGGUUAGAGGCCAGUAUCCGGAGGAUCAAGGUGUCCCAGGCUGCUGCUGAUCUGAGAAACUUCUGUGUGCAAAAUGCCUCCAAGGAUCCUCUCCUGAUGGGGGUGCCCUCCAGUGAUAAUCCCUUCAGACCCCCCAAGUCCUGCUCCCUGUUUUGAGCAAAAGGAAACCUGGAGGAUUUCUGGAUCUGUUCUUGAAGGCUUUCUUCACUUCUAGUUGUUGCCGCUGUAGACCUGACCACAGCUCCUCUUGGGAUGAUGCACACGGGGGUUGGAUGUUAUGGGUUUUGGGAGAGGGGUUGGUUAUUUGGGGGGCAGGGGGGUUAAUUGUUCCACUUGAUUGCCAAACUAAUAGUAUCACAUCUCUCAACUGUUACAUAAAAUAGGUCCGAACGCUACAUGUUAAAAAAAAAAAAAAAAUUAUCAGCACGUUGUUCCUCACACUAACUCGACUAAUGAUUAAGCCAUUCUUGGUUUACUCAGUACUUAACAUGUCCAGAAUCAAUUUACUGACUUAACGGUGUCUGUUUCCAGUCAGUGUAAUUCAGCCCAUGUUUAAUGGCCAGUGCAAGUGCAGCUUCCUCUUGUAUUCUACAUAACAGGUGGAAGUACAAUCAAUCAUUAAUUUAAAAUAGGUGCUGCUCAACAUGUUCUCCACACUAACUUUUAUUUGUGUCAUUAUGAAACACUACAGACAUAGGACUUAUAAUAAUAAACUGUAUGUGGCCAAAAGAAAACUACUCAUGUAUUUGUGAUUAUGUAAAAGGUCUUACUAAUAAUCUGAUUUACAACACAGAACAGCCUUUUUAACCUGACCUUUCAGGGUGUGUGAUUGUUCAUUAACACUUUGUCCCGCUGUUUGUUCUGUGUAUUCAAGAGCCCAUUAGGGUUGCUUAUAUCUGCUCCUGUCUUUAAUUUAAAAAAACACGUUAUGGCCUUAAACUAUAUGGAUAGUGGCAGAAAUUGAAUGUGCAUCACAUUAGAAACACAAGUGUUCAUAUUUCUGUUCUAUAAUGUUCGUAUUUAAUGAAUCAUGCUGCAGUGACUUGUUGCAUUAGUUGUUUUCCACACUGGAAUCAUUUUCCAAUCAACCAAAACCUUUACUGCUGUUUGUCUGUAUAAACUUUGCUUUUGUGGAACAGCUUUUAAAAAAAAAUUUGACUUUUUUUUUUUUUUUUUUUUUUUUUUUUUGAACACCGAUGAAAAUCUGCAUGUUUUAAAAAGAAAUGUUAAUCCUUUGCACAGAUAACAUAAGAAAAUUAUUAUUAUGAAGUGUCACUUUUUGUUUGGCUUAUUGUACGACUCGCAAAUGAGUAGGUCAAAGGUUCAGCCUCAGGUAAAAAGAUUGAAGGAUAUGGAAACAUCAACAUUUUCAAGAUUGUAUAUUGUGUAAAGUGGAUCAGACGAACAGAACUGCUGGACUAAAAUUGUUGAGUCAACUGUGAUGCUCAAAGGUUUGUGGUCACUUUGAAAUGUGGUUUGACUUUUAAUCUAAUGUCCAUGAGAACAGCUGUAUAUGAAAUUGUUCAUCAAUCAUUUAUGAUCUUUAAAGGAAUAUCUAGGUAGGCAUACACUGGCCCAUUUCCAGCAAGCAUCUCUCAUGUUCCAGUGGCACAUUUCAAAGUGACCCCAAACUUUUGUGCACUAUUGAGCAUCACACAUGUCGUAAACCUCUAAGGUAUCACCAGCAUCAGUAUGUCGAAUAUCACCCCUAUAAAUCAAGACAGGUGUACUGAUAAUUGCAAUGUAUGCAUAAGAAAAUUAAAACAAUAAAAAAUGUUGGUAUUACAUGUUGUUUGUUCCAUUUGUGCAUUUGAAAACAGAAUAUGGCAGCAAGGUCAAAGUCACAGCACAGGUGCUGUGAUUUAAGGACUCAAAC